UGCGAACUACUCAAGCAGAAGUUCGCCAACUUGACUUACCUACCCAACGAUGAUGGAUACAAGAAGGAGGUCCAAGCUGCCUGGGAUGCGUCUGCAUGGCAAGGGCCUGCUUGUGUGUUCGCACCGCAAAAUGCCCAAGACCUCUCGUUCGCCGUCAAGGCCUUUGUCAACUCGUCGACGCUGUUUGCCAUGCGUGGAGGCGGACAUAUGCCAAUCUCGGAUGCGGCGAAUAUCAACUCGACUGGCGUGCAGAUCUCCAGCUCGAAUCUGCAGACACUCAAACUCUCGGACGACAAGCAGACCAUGUCCAUUGGCCCCGGUCCGCGCUGGGGUGACGUCUUUGAGUACAUGGACGGCACGAACUUGACCGUUGUCGGUGGAAGACUUCCGCCAGUUGGUGUCCCCGGUCUUCUUCUCGGUGGUGGCAUCUCGUACUUUAGCGGCGCCCAUGGGCUUGCGGCCUCGGAAGGAAAGAUCAAGGCGUAUGAAGUUGUGCUUGCAGAUGGCACAAUCGCCACCGUGACUGCAGCCAGCAAGUACGCGGAUCUCUACUGGGCGCUGCAAGGUGGUGCAAACUCGUUCGGCCUUGUCACCCGCUUCGACCUGAAGACCUUCCCACUCAAGACCGCUCUCCGCGCCGAAGCCGCCUUCGCGCCCUCCCCGCAAACAAAGGACGCCUACCUCAACGCCGUGCUGGACUUCACACUCCACGGCGACGCAGACACACACGCCUCCAUCAUCCCCGUCAUCCGCUGGGCGCCCAACUACACCGUCCCAAGCUACGAAUCCACACUGCUAUACAACGGUUCGGUCGCCCCCGCCACAGGACCCUUCUCAACAUUCUACUCCGGCAGCAUGCCCGCGCUACGCAACUCAUCCACCCUCCGCACCCUCUCCCUUGCAGACUACAGCCGCCGCCUACGCCCAGCGUUCUUGCCAGGCGGGCAAGGAUACGGACUCCGUCACCGCUUCCGAGUUGUGCCCACGCUAGCCACCCGCGAGGCUAUGGAUAUCGUGCACGACACAUGGUUUGCGCUGCUUCGGAAAAACGACCUGGCCAACCGCGUUCCCGGCUUCCUGGCCAGUCUGGGCUACAACUCUAUCUCGCGGACCUUCGCAGAGCACAGCCGUGGAACCCCCGCCGAGUUUGCGCUCGUGCCGCAGUUCUGGGUCGAGGAGAGCUUGUCGUGGUCGAACGCUGCUGAUGACGCGGUUAUGGAGCAGUUCUUGCUUGACGUCAAUGCGCAGAUUGAGAAGAAGUUGGUGAAGAGGAAGCUUACGACGCCGUAUGUUUACCUCAAUGAUGCGGAUAAGGGUCAGGAUGUGUGGAAGGGAUAUAAGAAGGAGAACGUUGCAAGGCUGAAGAGGGUCAGGUCCAAGUAUGAUCCUGCGCGCGUUUUCACCGAUCUGAUGCCUGGUGGAUUCAAGGUUGCG